AACAAAACAAACAAACAAAAAAAACCACGCCGUCCGGACAGUUUUGCCACCUACUUCCCCAGGGUUCUGAAGCAAGUUCACGAGGGCCUGAGCCUCUCGCAACAGGCCGUGAGCGUCAUGGAUUCGUUCGUCAAGGACAUGUUUGAGCGCAUCGUCGACGAGGCGUCUCGCCUGGCCCGCUCCACCAAGCGCUCCACCAUCACCUAGGAGAUCCAGACAGCCGUUUGCCUGCUGAUGCCCGGGGAGAUUGGCAAGCACGCCGUGUCCGAGGCCACCAAGGCUGUCAUCAGGUUCAACAGACCCACUGUUGUGGGUGGGUCCAGCUGCACCCAGUCAUUGCCUCCAGCCACACCCAGCUUCAUGCCCCUGGCCAACCCCACACACAGGCCCAGCCACCACAGCACUUGGGGGAAUCCGGCAGAGGACCAGUGGCCCAACGCAAAUUUUGCUCCCAAGUUCCCUGGUGGGCACGCCCCGCCCCAUCCCCAGAGCGGGCCUCCCGGGGUCCCGCCGCCAUUGUCCUUCCUUCUGGAGCGUGCGAAAGGCGAGCCCCACAUGGCGGAGCCUGGCUGUGAGACCUCUCAGGAGGAAAGCCUGGGCACAGUGGAGGAGCCCACAGAAGCUGACCUGAAGGGCCCAAAGCAGAAUUCGCCAAGGGGCCAAUGCCGCCGCCGCCGCCGCCGCCGCUGCCACCACCGCCGCCGCUGCUGCUCCCACAACAGUUUCGCCACCUACUUCCCCAGGGUUCUGAAGCAGGUUCACGAGGGCCUGAGCCUCUCAAAGAAGGCCGUGAGCGUCUUGGAUUCGUUCGUCAAGGACAUCUUCGAGCGCAUCGCCGACGAGGCCUCUUGCCUGGCCCGCUCCACCCAGCGCACCACCAUCACCUCCAGGGAGAUCCAGACAGCUGUGCGCCUGCUGCUGCCUGGGGAGCUUGGCAAGCAUGCCGUGUCCGAGGCCACCAAAGCCAACCUCAGGUACACCUUCUGCCAGUGAGCUGCCUCGGGACCACCUGACCACCUCGUAAACCAAAGGCUCUUUUCAGAGCCACCUUACUUGGCGGGACAGACCUGUAGCUUUAAAAAGUGGGACUAACUCUAUAGUUUUUGCUCUUGCUGCGGCAUUCUGUGGAUAUUUACAGCAUUUUUACUUUGAACAAAACAGGAUCAGCACUACUUUUAAUCUGUAUUGGAGUGCACUUUAUUCCUUGGACAGCUGUGGGCUCUCCUUAACCAUGCGGCAUUUCUUGGGUUUCCCAAACACUCAUUUCUGUUAGUUAUUUC